AAAGAUCUGUAUCUGGUCAAAGUCCACUUGUAGGUGAAGGGGUUGACCGGUGGAGAAAUGAGAAAGAGAGCGAGUGAGAGAGAAGUGCGAAGGCGCAGUGUCUUUGGUUUGUUGAGUUUCUGUUACCAACCUCAACACUGAUCGGUUCACUUCCUGUCACACACACACACAUUUACAUGCACACACGCAGUCAGACACAACACACACAAGCAGGAACAUGGUGGUUUAGACCACAAAUACAAACGCUCAGAGUUGGCUGGACAGACAAACAGACAGGAGUGCCGGUUUCUUUCUCUCUACAAGUCAACCCUUCUACAACUCAGAUGGAGUUUGCCUGCAGUCACGUAGUGUGUAACUGGAGCCCAGAAGGGAGUUUAAUGGGGGGGUCAGAUGAGGGGGAUUCAGGUUUGAGUGUGUACCCCUGUAGUCCUCCAGGUGAGGGGGGGACCACAGAUCCAGGUGUAGCCCUCAGACUGUCUGUCACAGAGCACAUGUACGACAACCGCAUCUCAGUCAUCCCUCAGCAAGAGCCAGGACUAGUGCCUCCACCUUUGCCCCCUCGACGGUUUGAGUCUCAGAAGUACCCCCAAUGCACCUCUCUGCCUCCCUCACCUCCCCCUCUUUCCUCUCUGCCUCCCCCCCUACCAGCCCGAGGUGCGGAAGGCCGAGGAGAGCAGAGCAUCAGAUUGAAGGCUAAUGUUAAUGUUCUCUCUCUCAGUGUUGGACGACUCGUAGAUAUCAGUAGAGCAUCUGGCAUCCAGACCACUCAGUGUCCCGUGAUGCACUGUGGGAGAUGUAGUGCUGCCCUGUCCUCCCUGAGUUCUGUUCAGAACACACAGGAAACUGCCGUGUGGCUGUGUGAGUUCUGUGGUCUCCAGAACACCCUGUCUACUUCAGGUCCUGGUUCCAAGGUGGGCCUCAGGGUUAGAGGGAGAGAUGUGAUCUACCUCCUCCGUCAGACAGACCAGGACUACGAGAACCUGGAGGAUGUCAUGGUGGUCUUCUGUGUUGAUAUAUCUGGGAGCAUGAGUGUCACCUCUGAGGUCACCCCAGGGAAUCCUAUGAGGUCAGCAACCUAUGUCUCCCGACUACAGAGUAUUCAGGAUGCCCUCCAGAGGGCACUGUCCUCUCUACUUAAGACUUCACCUCUCCGCCGAGUCGCCAUUGUUACCUUCAAUGACGAGGUAGUAGUGUAUGGUGAUGGUUCAGGUGUACCAGCCUCUCUGAGGGACUGGGCUCUAGUUGAUUAUGACUAUCUGAGACAACAGGGUCAACAGUACAACACUCCACACUGUAUAGCUGAGAGCUACCAACACCUCUCACUGAGAGUCAAAGAGUUGCGAGAACAUGGGGCUACAGCGUUGGGUCCUGCAGCCUUGGUCUCCAUUGCCAUGGCGUCUCGAUUCGUGGGGUCAAAGGUGAUCUUGUGUACAGACGGGCGAGCUAACAUCGGAUUGGGUGAGAUGGAGGAGAGUCCCGCCCCUUUCUCCUCCCCCCAGUCACCUUACUUCUACAGACAGCUAGCCAACGAGGCAACUAACAAAGGUGUGAUAGUUUCAGUGAUGACCUUUGAGGGCACAGACUGCAGGUUGGCUGAGGUGGGACUACUGGCUGACCAGACUGGAGGAAGGGUAAACAUAGUAAACAUUGGGACCGUAGCAACAGAGAUCCAGUCAGCUCUGGCCGACAACAUCUUAGCGACGGGCGUCAAGGCAACGUUACUAGCAGCUGACGGCAUGUAUUUUCCCUAUGAGGAGUGUAACCACUGUCUAGUAAGGGAUAUAGGGAACGUAACAGAAGGGGUAGAGAUCACCUUUCAGUUUGCCUGCAAGCCUGAUAGUACAGAGAGUUUCAUGCGUAGAGACAGACUACCGUUCCAGCUACAGCUGUCCUUCACCACCAGAGAUCAACAGAAAGUAACACGCAUCAUUACUGAACAGAGGCGGGUUACAACCAGCAGCUGGGUGUGGGCAGGCAGUCUGAACAUGUCAGUGUUAGGGGUCCACUGUGCCCAGCUGUGUGCCAGGUUAACUAUGAAGGGAAGAGUCCACGAAGCACAGAGACAACUCAGAGCACAGCAAGACCUGCUCAAAGACAUCAGUGAGCAGAGGUCCAACCCAAAGGAGGAGAGUAUCUACGGAAACUGGAUCGAUACCAUGACAGCCAUCUGUGACGACCUCACCACAGACUCCCAGGCCCUCUCUGAUGAGGCAGCUGAGGUGCUGUACCAGAUGAAGAGAGCCAGCAGUGUGGGCCAGAGAAGAAGGAAACAGACAGACACGGUGGCUCUGUGAAACCAGCAGUGUGGGCCAGAGAAGAAGGAAACAGACAGACACGGUAGCUCUGUGAAACCAACAGUGUGGGCCAGAGAAGAAGGAAACAGACAGACACGGUGGCUCUGUGAAACCAGCAGUGUGGGCCAGAGAAGAAGGAAACAGACAGACACGGUGGCUCUGUGAAACCAGCAGUGUGGGACAGAGAAGAAGGAAACAGACAGACACGGUGGCUCUGUGAGGAGCCAGCCCAGAGCAGUCACAGGUGGCAGAGCCAGUUGCAGCAUCAACAGUAGGCCAAACUGGUAGCCAUGUUAGAGACUGUCCACUCUCUCAAAUAACUCCUAAUUUACUACCUAAAUAUUAUAUAAAUACAUGUUGUAUGAAUGUUUGGUACCGUACAUAAAAAAUGUAUUAAGA